AUGACCCUCCUCCCGGCGACAAGGACCGACAUCUCGACUAAAGAGUACCUCGCGCUAUUCACACUCACGAGUGGUUGUACAGCUAUCAUAAUCGCUGCAUUCCGGUCGCGCGGCGAACCGAUUGUUGCAUCGUUGGGGUUCAGCGGAUUCGCCUUCGCAGCAACGUAUUGUCUGAUACCAUGGCUAGGCGAUGCCUUCAAGAAGGUGGGGUUUAAGGGGAAGGAUAUGGCGAAAACACAUAGGCCGGAGAUUCCAGAGACGAUGGGUGCUGUCUGCGCGGUCGUGUACAUCAUGUGCAUGUUCCUGUUCAUACCCUUCCCGUUCUACGAGUACCUUGUCCAAACUUCGGGUGGAGGAAACCGUGAUGUUGAAUUCGAGGUUCAGCAAUCGUUCGUUGGGAGGACGUUACAUCGAUUUCCGCAUAACAAGCUAGGAGAAUAUCUAUCAGCUAUCUUAUCCCUGCAGAGCAUGGUUUUCUUGGGCGUAGCAGACGAUUUAUUCGACAUUCGGUGGCGACAUAAGAUCCUCUUACCCGCUAUCGCUGCUAUCCCCAUGCUCGUGGUCUACUACGUCGAUUUUGGAGUUACAGUAAUCUCCAUUCCGACGGUACUACAGCCAUACCUUGGGCGUUUACUCAACUUGGGCUGGCUCUACUACGCCUACAUGGCCUUCGUCGCCAUCCUCGGCCCAAACGCAAUCAACAUCCUCGCCGGCAUAAACGGCAUCGAAGUCGGCCAAUCCAUCGUCAUAGCCCUAAUGAUAAUCUUCAACGACAUCCUCUACAUCUCCCAACCGGGUCAUCCAGCCAUGAACUCCCAUCUCUUCUCCCUCUACUUCCUCCUCCCGUUCCUCGGCGUCUCGCUGGCAUUACUCCGUUACAAUUGGUUCCCCGCAAAAGUAUUCGUCGGGGAUACCUACUGCUACUUCGCAGGGUUUUUGUUCAGCGUAGUCGGAAUACUCGGACAUUUUUCAAAGACUUUGAUGUUACUUUUGCUCCCGCAGAUAUUUAAUGGUUGUUAUUCUACGCCACAGUUAUUCGGCUUGAUUCCCUGCCCGCGCCAUCGAUUACCGAAAUUUAAUGCGAGAACCCAUCUCCUCGAACCAUCCAUGGCGCAGUUUGUACAACCGCCUAAGAACAUUACCGUGGUAUUAUUAACCGCCAUGGAGAAGUUUAAGGUCGUAAAGCUGGUUAAAGAUGAAGAAGGGGUUAUUAAGGAAUGUAGUAAUCUUACUAUAUUGAACCUUUGGUUGGUGUGGUUUGGAACUAUGAGGGAAGAUACUUUGGCAAUUGGAGUAAUGGGUUUCCAGUUGGCUAUGGGAUUGUUGGCUUUGGGGAUACGGCAUGGAUUGGCGUUAAUGGUUUAUGAGUAUGACAAUUUGGUUAAGUGGGAUCGGGCUUAG